CCUAUAUGCUAUAAAGUUUGUGGAGCUGCGUUCAGCCGUGGUUCCAGAUUCCUCACCCGAGGAUGGAAAUUAACAUUAGAAAGAGAAAGGUCAAGCGAACUGUUGGACGUUGCGAGGGAGAUAGGAAAUACGCGUUACUUCCCGGGUGGGGAAUCUGAAUGCAGCUUUGACGGUGACAAGUGUGUGUUGUAACAUAAGUAUACGCGGCGUGUUAAACAAUAUGAAAUUUAGCUUGAUACAAUGUUACGAGAAUUCUUGGCAGUUAUAAACGCUUCUCGACGCCUCCACGGCUCGUCGUAACAUAUUGCAAGGGCAUCGGGUGUAGGUGCGAUAAAAUAAACGAAUGAAUAUGCACCAUAACAGGAGGAAGAAAAAGCGGGUGAACUACGGCGUCAGAGUUGUCGAAUUACUUCGCGGCAGCAAGGGUUUUGGCUUCACGAUAUCUGGUCAGCAGCCCUGCAUACUGAGUUGCAUCGUCCAGGGAAGUUCGGCGGACAAUGCUGGUCUCAGAUCUGGAGAUUAUCUUGUGGCUGUAAAUGGUCACAGCGUGAGCAAAAUUCCUCACGACGAGGUUGUUCGAUUGAUAGGAAACUCCAAGGGAUUUUUGAGAUUACAAAUUGCUGAAAAUUACUACUCCGACUCGUCCGAUGAGGAGGGACUGGCGACGGUCCGAUCCAAACCAAAAUACUCGCACAAGCUAAGAACAAACACCGUCACCCCUGCUCCGGUACAAUGUGCGAUAGCCAAAGUUGUUCGAGACUUGCACAGUGGGGCCAUGUUUGACGCACUUAAUUGCUCGUCUCAAAACAAAAUACAGUGCAGCCACGCAUCCCUUCAUCAUCGAUGGAAUAUGGCCAGCCCUCUACCACCGCCACCUCCGCCUUUAUCUUCAAGACGAGACACCGAAAAGAUUGUACAUCGCACCAUUGUUGGUUAUCUAGGCACCAUCGAUAUACCCAAUCAAUUACCUCCAUCCUCAAUGAUGCAGGUCCUAAAGAAGUGUGUGAAAAGACUGAAAGCAGAAAAGAGAAAUCCCACAACGGUACUUCUAACAAUCCAUGUCGCUAACAUAAAAUUGACAAAUUCCGAUAAUAAAGUGAUAGCGGAAUAUCCAUCCUUUCGAAUAGUAUUUUGCAACUCGUUUUCUGAACUGGAUAAACAAUAUUUUGGUAUUCUAACAAAGUCGGUAAAAGACAAUGACAACAUAGUGUCAAAUUCGUGCCAUGUGUUCACCAUAUACUAUAAGCUGAUAGACCAUGCCGUACAUUCCAAUACUUGUAACAUAUUUGGAUUCACAUGCACAAAAACGUCGGAGUUAAAUGUCUGCCAAGAAUUUCCCGACAGUUGCAACAGUCUAAUUGGUGCUAUACAAACACUCUACAUAUCAGACACCGACAGCGAAUCUAAUCCUUACAAUGACGAGGCGAGGCAUCGUCAAGCAGCUUCUCCUCAACCAAGUAACGUCAGUACUUCCACGGCUCAUUCUAGUAACAGCGACUCCGGGAUAGGUUUCAAGGAUGACUAUGGAAAUCAAUCGGAUCGAAAUAUGACGGCUGAUUUUCACGAUCGAAGACAGUAUUUACCAAAUUUGCAUCUCAGAGAUUCCGCGAUCGUUUCAAAUCAAAAAAACGGCAUCCGACCAAGGCUAAAGCCAGCCAAUGAGUCCUCAGGGUCUAAAUUAACAGUCAGAGCAGUACCAGAUGUUAGAUGGAUCGAUGAUGUUAAAGGUAGCCAAUUCAAGGAUGCUGAUUUCUCGUAUGACGCCAACGGAAAACGCAGUGGAAUUAAUUUUAGUAAAAUUCCCAACGUCGGAGAAGGAUGCGGUAUGUCGAUGGCAUCUGGUCCGUGUGGGGAUGAAGACCGGGAUAGGAGGGGGAGCAACACCUGUUUGGGACCAUCUGCUCCGCCUAUACCCAGCUUGGGGUUGCCUAGUACGAUGGCUGCCUCAUCCGAGGUAACUCGGGAGGACAAUAAUAUUGGAAUAAACGACGCGCUCGAAUGGCGGGAGAACGUGGACUGCAGUUUGAGCAACGAAAAACUAAUGCUCGGAAAUUUUACCGACGAAGACCUCACCAAGCUGAGUCCGAAGGUUUACAGUAUUUCGAAGUCUCUGGUGCACAGUUUGGAGGAUUUGAAACCGACAAUGGAAUGCACUUCCCUUCUCCAUUCCCAUUCCAACAAGAGCGAAAAACCGCGUUGGGGAAGCUUGCAAGAGAUACGAAACGUCGGGAAUUGUAAUUCCAAUGCAUGCUUGCAUAGGAGCAUAGAGUCUUUUGAAAAGUCUAGUAAUUGCCACGGCAUACAUUCGUGGUCCACAAGUUUUGAAAAACUUCUGGAAGAUCCGGCAGGUCUACAAACUUUUGCUGAAUUUCUCAAGAAAGAAUUCAGUCACGAGAACAUAUAUUUCUGGGCAGCUUGUGAACGAUAUAAAGACACUGAAGGUGCGAGCAGUCGUAGACGAUUGGCAUGGCAAAUAUACCAACGUCAUUUAUCGACCUCUGCCUCGGAGCCUGUAAACGUGGACAGUCAUGCCGCGGGUCAAAUUACUCAGGAUCUCUUGGAUGAAGCUCCUGCCGCAUUAUUUUUACAGGCACAAAAGCAGGUCUUCAAUUUAAUGAAGUUUGAUAGUUAUCCAAGAUUUUUGAGAUCUGAACUCUAUCGCACAUGCAUGGAGGCCGGAAGUAGCGUAGUUCGUACCCAAGAUUGCGAUCUCAGCUUAACAGGCUCGCCUCAUAUAAAAUUAAAAAAAAGUCAUUCUGAUGCAGAGGAUCGAAGUAGAAAGUCUAUUCUCCCUUGGAACAGAAAGAACAGGUCAAAAUCUAAGGAUCGCGGAGAAUCUGAAUAUAAUAAAACACCUUGCAGAAACGAGACGAUCUACAAAAGUUUCACAACCAUAAAGAAGGAAGUGGAAGGGAACAAUAACGACGACAACGUAUCAAUAUCCAGCAGUAGAUCUUCCUUGGCGUCUUGGGAUAUCGCGUUCAGGCUAUCAUUCAACAAAAAUUCAGUGUCAUCUGAAGGACAUUCGAAUAACAAGAGGGAAUCUCCCCAUAAAUGUACUGGACUGUGCCGGGUAAUAUUACCUGACGGGUCUACAACUGUAGUGCCAACUAGCCUACCAGAGAGUGUUAAAGAUGUGGUUACUCGACUUCUCGAUAAAAGAGCUCUAUGUUAUUCCAACUACGAUGUUCUCAUACUUAACACCGUUGAGAGAAUAAAUUUAAAGGAUUCCUCAUCGAUAUUAGCAGGUGAAGAAGUCCAAGUUGUUCCAACAAAAGUAUUAAAAUUGGAUUUGCCGUCCCGUAGAAUGAUUACCGUUGUUGCGCGUAAAGGUCGAACUCUUAGAGAAGUACUCAGACCAUUACUCAAUAAAUAUGGUUUUAAAUUGGAAACAGUAACUGUCUGGGCAGACAAUCUUGUUGUCGACAUGGAUGUUGCUGCAAUUAAUGCUCCAGCUAGGCUUACAUUGACAUCAACCAACCAAGAGUUCCAUCAAGACAUACCAUCGUUGACAUAUACCGAUGAUAUAUCACAUUCGCAACCAAAACUUGAUGAAAUAACUAAUAAAGUUUUUAAAGAAUUAUUAGUCAGCAAAAGUACAAAUAAAUACCAAUACGACGAAGGUUCAUGCAAGUCUGAAGAUCAGCGAUCUGAAAGUUCUUCUAUUUUGUCCAACAAAUUUUUUCUACGCGACUCCACAAUUCAUGGAAAGAAAAAAAGUAAAUCAAAAUCUAGCAAUACAAGUGAAAAAAAUACCUUGACGGACACUGCAGCUGAUGUGUGUUCUCGACCCCAUCCCCCCUUGAUAGCUAAAUGGCGAAACGGUGUAAAAUUGCAGCUUCCUGGCAGAUACGAUGGAGAGGAUUUGUAUGAAGGAUUGAAACGUGCACAAAGAUCACGGCUAGAAGAUCAGAGAGGAACUGAAAUUAAUUUUGAACUACCUGAUUUUUUGAAGAACAAAGAAAACGGAAAACAUCCCGGAAAGAAGCUUCGAAGAGUACGUGGUACCUCUGGCCAUGUCGAAAGCAAUACCAGGUUCUAUGAUUCAGGGGAGGAUAUGAAGGCUGCUACUGGUAUUAAUAAUUUCGAAACGUGCAACUUUAAUGGUAACGACGGGAAUUCAAAAUCGGCUUUCCACUAUAAUUUGGCACACGAUGAAGGCAGCGAGUCAGCCAAUCAUGGUUUUGAGUCCAUGAGUCCGCUUGAAGUCACCAUGGUAGAAGUCGAUCAAACUCUAACAGAAAAUAAUCUACAACCGCAGUUUGAUAUUCAAGACAGCAGUAGUUUUAAGCCACAAUUUGUAGCUGCUAGUCCUACUAAACUUUUGACGCCACCACCCCUUCCUCCAAAACCGAAAAUUCUAUCUAGCGGUAUCAAAACUGUGCAUAUGGUAGCCAGGCCCUUGCAAAAAAUUAUUCACGACAAUUCGACAACUGUUGAAUCAUGCGAGAAUAAAAACAUUUUUUGAAACUUUAUAUCAACUAUUGCUUUUUGAUAACAAUCUUAACUACAUGAGAAUGAAAUGAUAUGAUAUUUAUAUAUAUUUAUGUAUAGGAUUUUGUCGCCUACUGAUUUCAUGAGGUUGUGAGAUUUAUUGUGUCAGCGUAUGUUCUAUACAUGUAUCGUAUGCAUGAUUUACCUAAAGUAUUCCAUCGUAGAACUCCACUCUGAGGAUUUAUACGUAUAUAGAUACUCAAUUUGUAUCUAUUCACGACAGCCUGGUUUAAGAUGGGUGCCUGUUUCAGGCACCUGAGAGCCUCUUAUCAAGUGCCUUUCAUCAAGGCUUGAUGUUAGAUGAAUUCAAAAAUAACAAUAUUGCAAUUGUUAUAUUUAUAUAUUACAUUAUUCUUCAUUCCUGGUUGUACAGGAUGAAUAGAGAAGAGAUAUUUUAUUGUAUUUAUAUAAUCUGUAUACUACGCAAUAGAAUAAAUACGGAUAUACGAAAGUAUUAUUAACUUUUAUACUUCGCAAAUAAAAUGAACAUGAAGAUUU